CAAAUGACAUAGCAUAGCAAAUUAAUUAACUUUAAUUUGGAUAUUUUUACAUAUGGAGGGACCAAAUCCAGUUUCAAGUGCACAAGGAAGCACGUCAGGAAAUUCAGAGAAUGCAAGUAGCUCUAUUAUGCAAUAUGAAGCACUAUUCAGGGCAGUGCGCAAUGAGGACAUCGACAACACCCGAAAAUUCCUGAAAGAGCAUCCAGAAGCAUUGACUGCAAGGAUCACGAGCGUGGGCGACACAGCACUUCAUGUUGCAGCUAUGCUUGGGCAUCUGCACAUUGUGGAGUAUUUAGUGGAAUUGAUUUUAGAAAAUGAUCUUGAAUCGGUAAAUAAUUAUGGUAUGACAGCGUUACAAUACGCUGCUUAUAGUUGGGAUGAGAGUAUCAACAUUAAGAUUGCAAACUGCAUGGUUGACAAGAACCAGGGGUUGCCUGCUAUCGCUUCUACCAAUAAUUGGCUUCCGGUGACAUGGGCUCUUGAAUUGGGCCAAAUUCAACUGGCUCGCUACCUUUACUCAGUCACACCCUUUGAAGCAUUGCUUCCUGAAAACGGCGCACACGGCGCUGAUCUUCUGGCGUUGUGCUACUACUCCAAGAUGUUUGAUUUGGCUCUGGACUUGGUGAGGCGUUGCCCAAGAUUAGUAAUGAGGAGCCGGCCAUCUGGGGAUAACUUUUUGGUGAUAUUAGCAAAAACACCUUCCUCAUAUCCCCAGCUACCAUUCUGGAAACGAUGCUUGUAUUCACGUAUCCAAGUGCACCUAGAACCUCCAUCUUCCCUCAAUCAAGUUGUCAUUCCCGUUUCAGAAACUAAUCAAACAAGACACCAUCAUAAUAAAGCUAGCCUUGCAUGUCCACCAGGAAUAAUGAAGGAAAUAUACGAAGCAAAGUUAAGUGAUGAGCAAUCUCGUGUGUUGCUACGUGCUGCGUGCAAUGCAAUUUCUCCGGAAAAUAUAGAAGAAAUCUCAAAAAGUGGAAUGGAGGGGGCGAUACUUAUGGCAGCACAACGAGGGAAUGCCACAUUUAUUGUUGAAGCAUUAAAGGCGCAAUUUAGCAUGGAAGUGGAGAGUAUCACGCCACCUUACGUAAAGCAACAAUUAAACAAUGGCAAUUUGACACCUAGAGAAUUGUUCACAAAGGAACAUAAGGAGUUAGUGAAAGAAGGUGAGAAAUGGACCAAAGGAACGGCAGGUUCUUGUGGUGUUGUAGCAGCUCUUGUAGCUACCAUCACUUUUGCUGCUGCUUUCACUGUUCCCGGUGGCAAUGACCAAAUCAAGGGAUAUCCAAUUUUCUUGCAUAAAAAUCUAUUUAUGCUAUUUAUAAUAUCAGAUGCAGUGUCACUCUUCUCUUCCACAACUUCACUGCUUAUGUUUCUGGGGCUCCUCACUUCUCGCUAUGCAGAAGAUGAUUUUCUCAAGUCACUGCCCACAAAGCUCAUCAUAGGCCUUUCCGCUAUGUUCAUCUCUCUUGCAACUAUGAUGGCAGCCUUUUGUACCGCUCUUUUCCUUAUGCUCCAACACCGAUCAUGGAUUGUUAUUUCCAUAACCUUUCUUGCUUCCAUUCCGGUUACUUUAUACAUUUGGUUGCAGUUUCCAUUGCUUGUUCUCAUCUUUAAGUCAACUUAUGGACCAAGCAUAUUUGAUAGAAAUAUUAAGCCUUGGCUUUGAGACUAAAAGCUAGUUAAGUAGCUAUAGUGUGCUGUUGAACUUUGGU